CUGCUAGCAGCAGCAGCAGCGGCAGCGGCGGCAGAAACAGCAGCACCACUGUCACCACCACCAUCAUCACCAUCACCAGACGAGUCGUAUCUCUUUGACGAAUAGUUUAGUCGCGAAAUUACGUGUCUACGAUCUAUUUGCUUUUUGUACCUAAAUACGAAAAAAAAAAGGAAACCAAAGAAAAGAAAAGAAAGAAAGAAGAAUCUAAAAAAAGAAAACUGAAAAAUCCCCGUUCAUAGAAAACAAGAAAAGGAGGAGGAAGAGGAAGAGGAGGAGGAGGAGGAAGAGGAAGAGGAAGAGGAGGAGGAGGAGGAGGAGGAAGAGAACGAGGAGGAGGAAGAGGAAGAGGAAGAGGAGGAGGAAGAGGAAGAGGAGGAGGAGGUGGAGGAGGGAAGAGGACGAGUAAUCAGAACGACGAAAAGGACAAAAGAGACAAAGGAAAACCAAAGAAGAGUAGUAUAGUGUACAAGUGACGGCGACAGAGAGAGAAAGAGAGAGAGAGAGAGAGAAAGCAAGCAAGCAAGAAAGAAAGAAAGAAAGAAAGAAAGAAAGAACGCUUCGUUCGCUCGAUACGAAAAGAAAAACUCGUCUUCUUUCCUCGGCGUGCCUCCUUCGAUAUACGCACGUACACACAUACAUAUAUAACAUACACACACAAUCACGUACACGCAGAAAAUCACACACAUAAGCGUUAUGAACAUGACAGCAGUUGUUGAGCUAUAAGCUCGUUUCUCCUUCCUUCCUUCAUGGUAAAUGGUGCAGUAUAUAUUACGCAAGGUUAACACAGCAGUGUUUUAAACACUUGCUGGAACCACUUGCUGUAUUUGUAAAAAUAUGGAUUCCGAGGAGGAAACGCUCUAUGACGAUGUUGACUCUGGUAACGAGUCCAGCGGGGAUGAUGUGGAUUUUGCUAUGGAAAUAGAAUCUGGAAAUCAACGGGAACGAGCUACCGACAUCGACGAAUAUCCAUUUGAAAUUUUAUCCACAGAAGAAAUUGUACAACACAUGGUUGAUUCUAUAAAAGAGGUCAACACUGUAGUUGAAAUACCUGCAACAACAACGCGUAUUUUGCUAAAUCAUUUUAAGUGGGACAAAGAAAAAUUAAUGGAACGUUUUUAUGACGGAGAUCAGGAAAAAUUAUUUGCAGAAGCACGUGUCAUUAAUCCAUUCAGAAAAGGUCCUGUGAUAAAUAGAAGUUGGUCCUCUCAAAAUUCCUUGUCUAGAAGAACAUCUGCAAAUGGAACAGAAGAAUGUGGAAUUUGUUUUAUGAUUUUACCAUCCUCUAUGAUGACUGGUCUUGAAUGUGGACAUCGUUUUUGCACCGGGUGCUGGGGUGAAUAUCUCACAACCAAAAUAAUGGAAGAAGGUGUCGGACAAACGAUCGCAUGUGCUGCUCAUGCCUGUGACAUUUUAGUUGAUGAUGCUAGUGUUAUGCGACUUGUUAAAGACUCAAAAGUUAAAUUGAAGUAUCAGCACUUGAUAACAAACAGUUUUGUUGAAUGUAAUAGGUUAUUAAGGUGGUGUCCAUCGCCAGAUUGUAAUAACGCUAUCAAAGUCCAGUAUGUUGAAGCAAGACCUGUUACAUGCAAAUGUGGUCACACAUUUUGUUUUCAUUGUGGUGGAGAUUGGCAUGAUCCUGUAAAAUGUCAUUUGUUGCGUAAAUGGAUCAAAAAAUGUGAUGACGAUUCUGAGACCUCUAAUUGGAUCGCAGCAAAUACGAAAGAAUGUCCAAAAUGUAAUGUUACCAUUGAAAAGGAUGGUGGUUGCAAUCAUAUGGUAUGCAGAAAUCAGAACUGUAAAGCUGACUUUUGUUGGGUAUGCCUUGGUCCUUGGGAACCACAUGGAUCUAGCUGGUAUAAUUGUAAUCGAUAUGACGAAGAAGAAGCCAAAGCAGCGCGAGUUGCUCAAGAUCAAUCAAGGUCUGCCUUGCAACGCUAUUUGUUCUAUUGCAAUAGGUAUAUGAAUCACAUGCAGUCCUUAAGGUUUGAGAGCAAGUUAUAUGCUAGUGUAAAAGACAAAAUGGAGGAAAUGCAACAACAUAAUAUGUCCUGGAUUGAGGUACAAUUUUUAAAGAAAGCAGUUGAUAUUUUAUGUUCCUGUAGGCAAACUCUCAUGUAUACUUACGUAUUUGCCUACUAUUUGAGGAAAACCAACCAGUCUGUGAUUUUUGAAGCCAACCAAAAGGAUUUAGAGAGUGCUACAGAAUGCCUCUCUGAAUACCUCGAAAGAGAUAUUACGAGUGAGAACCUUGCCGAUAUUAAACAAAAGGUUCAGGAUAAAUAUAGAUAUUGCGAUAGUCGAAGAAAAGUACUUCUAGAGCAUGUGCACGAAGGUUAUGAAAAGGAAUGGUGGGAUUACGUGGAAUAAGGAGAAGAAUGAAAAAUGCCCAGCUUUUCUUUUUUUUUUUGUCGUGAGAUGUAAACUAAACAAAAAAAAGCCCUCUUCCUUCUCACCUCUGCCCCCAGCUGUGAUAAAUCAAGAAAGCUGAGAAAGAGAGAACAGACAGACAGAAUGUAGUAGAGCAUUGUUGGCAAAGUGAUAUGUACGUGUGUUACAUAUAUUUGAAAACACAAUUAUCAUCAUCUGCGUGGCAACAAUAUCGAUAUAUAUAUAUAUAUAUAUAUAUAUAUAUAUUUAUAUAUAUAUCGAUAUAUAUAUAUAUAUAAUAUGAUACAUAUAUAUCAGAUAUAUAAUAUAUAUAUAUAUAUAUAUAUAUAUAUAUAUAUAUAUAUAUAUAUAUAUAUAUUAUAAAUUUUGAACUUAUUAAAAAUGUGAAUUUUACCAUCAACAACAACCAACAACCAACAACAACAACAACAAGAACAAGAACGACAACAACAACUAUUGAUUGAAUGUAACAUAACUUCGUGAUUGAUUCGUGCUUGCUGUGUAUACUGCACAUGAUUAUUAUACACCAUUAGUUAAUGCGAUAAAUGUGCCUCCGUUACGGCAUUGUAUUCUGAUAUUCAAGCGGACCUUAGAUAUGCACUCAGUUAAAAUUUUUUCAACCGAAGAAGAUUGGUAAAAGUGCAUUAUUAUAUUUAUUAUUAUGUGAUCCAACAAUGCAUAUACAUUAUACAUAUAUUAUUGCGAAAAGAUGAAUUUUUGUGCUUGUGAAAUUUAGAUGACGAUGAUUCUUUCUUCUCUUCGAUAUAUCCUUUUGAUGCUACAUAUAUUAUAUGAUAUCAGAUAAAUGAAUCUUUGCAAGAGAUAAUUUUCUCUAUAUCAUGUUUCUCCAAUCAACUAUCAUUGAAUUGUUUCACGCAAUUUAAACGUUUUAGGAUUACAAAUGAGAAAAGAAGAAGAAGAUGAUGACGAAGAAGAAGAAGAAGAAGAAGAAGAAGAAGAAAGAGAAAAAUAAUGUAGGAAACUUUAAUUAAAUUAAAUUCUUUGGAUGUUACUCGUUUCAGAGUAAUUGUUUGAGAAAAAGAGAGAUAGAAUGAAAGAAGUUUUUUUCAAAUUUUCAUCAUCGUGAUCAUUGAGAAGAUAUUGAUACACGAUGAUAGAGAGAGGGGGGGAGGGUUAGUCAUAUUUCCUCUAUUUCGGACAAUGAUACGUCCAGGCUACAAUUGCCACUCUAAAGUUUAGCUCAAAAUACAACAAUCAUAUCGUCAGUGUUACGAUUAUGAGAAAUACAUUAUAUAUAUGCAUAAUAUAUAUAUAUAUAUAUAUAUAUAUAUAUAUAUAUAUAUGUAUGUAUAUAUAUAUAUGUAUAUAUUAUAUUGUAGAAUUUACAAAAUGGAAUAAGGAAGAAAUAAUAAUGUAAAUCUUUGACGGCCUUUUUUUUCAUUUUGUAAAUUGAAAAUAAUUGUCUUCAACCUAAGAAAUGCGAACGGAUCAUUGUGAACAAUAAAUAGAUAUUUGAGAAUAAUAAUUAUUAUUCAAACUGAUAAACUCUCUUUACUUUUUCUGGCAUUAUCUGAGUAAUAAUAUUGUCGACCAAACGAAAAUGAAAUAUUUUUAUUAUAUGUAUACAUAUAUAUACACACAUAUAUGUAUAUAUAUGCAUAUAUAUAUAUAUAUGUAUACAUAUAUAUAUAUGCAUAUAUAUAUAUAUAUAUGUAUACAUAUAUAUAUAUAUAUAUAUACAUACAAUAAAAAGAGUGUUGGUUUCACGUUAUGAGAGAGAGAGAUUCGUAUAAUCAAAAGGAGAAAGAUACAAAUCUCAUUUUGCUCGUCAUAUCAUAUUAACGACAAAGAGAGAGAGAGGGGGGAGGAAAGACAGAGAGAGAGAGAGAGAGAGAGUAUGUACUAAAGAAGAAUUUAUGAAUUAUAAUAAUAAUAAUAAUAAUAAUAAUAAUAAUAAUAAUAAUAAUAAUAAUAAUAAUAAUAGUAAUAAUAAUAAUAAUAAUAAUAAAUGAUAAAAAAAUAAUAGAAAAUAAAAAUAAAUAAAUAAAUAAAUAAUGACUAUGGGCUUUUUCGUGCCAAAAUGAGUCUGAGAUUAUCUUAUUUACUUUUCAAAAUAAUCUCUAAUGUAUUUUAAUGUUUUGAAUGAUUAUUUGAAAGACGAUACGAUUUGUUAAGAAAUAUUUUUUUUAUCUUUUUUUUUUUACUUUUUUUUUUUCUAAUUAACAAGUUCGGAUUUGAAUUUAUUUAUCUAGAUGGAAAUACAAUAUACGCAUGAAGUGUGUGUGUGUGUGUGUGUGUGUGUGUGUACAUAAAUUUUACAAAUUGUAUAAUUGAUUGAUUGAAAGAUUUGUUCAUCUUUCAAACAGGUAUCGCAUUAAAUGGCAUUAAAAUAUAUUGAAAACAAUUGAAAUGAGAUCAGUAAAUAUAACAAUGUUUUUUUGUAAUACUUUAAGAAAAAAAAACGUCUUUUGAAGUAUUCCAAUAUCCAACAUAAUUGUCCAUGGUAAAAGAACAGAUUUGCUAAGUUUUCAAAAAUGGGGCCAAGUUUUGAGCGUCUUUGUCGUAAAAAAAAAUAAAAAAACGAAAGUAUGUCUUUUGCAUAUUGAAUUAAACAUAAAACAAAGAAAACAAAUACGUCGAGCGAUAGAAAAAUAACGUUGAAACGUUUGAAUGAAUCGUUUUUUGCUCGUUAAAAAAGAAAAAGGAAAAGAAAAAAAUAAGAAGGAACAUUAAUUAACAAUUAAAAAAAUCGCUGAAUGAAACUACUCUAAAGUAAUAUAUCAUUACAGUAAUUUAAAAAGAGUUUAUAACACGUUCGCUGUGUAGACGACUUUUAGUCGCUUAAUUUAUUUCUUGCUUGCGUACAAUUUAUGACUUCAGUCGUUUAGAAGGAGUCUUGUUAUAUUAGCUCGGUAUUUACUUGUUAAGAAUAUAAUAUUUUCAGGUAAAAGCUAAAACCUUUAACUAUAAAUAAUGCAAAAAAAAAAUUCCAAGUUCUUAAAAGAAAAAAAAGAAGUUCUUAACUUCUUUUUUAUCUAUCUGUAAUCUGUUUUCUCAAAAGUGAAUAUUUAAAAAAUGAAAAUAAUUGAUAUUGUACUUAUAUAAUAGUUCUAAAGUAAAAUUAAUAAUACACCUUAAAUAUUCAGGAUUCUACAAAGUAUCUAUAUUUCCUUAAUCGAUUCGGUUUUUAAAAAUUUUCUUAGAGAAACGACUCUGAUCUCACCCCUAUAAUGAGUAUUAGAAAGAAAUUUCAUUCAGUUAUAACAAAUAUUCAGGAUAAAUGAAGAUUUUUAUAUUAAAAGUAUUGUUUGUAAAAAUUUUAUUAAUUUUUCAUAGAUUGGUAAUAAUAUUUUAUCUUCAAUUUCAAUGGUAGCGAACGUGUGUGUGUGUGUAUGUGUGUGCGCGCGCGCGUGCGUGUGUGUUAAAGUAGAAUCUUUAUUUUAUUCACAGUAACAAACGAGCUCUCUCUUCACUGUGUUUAUGUGCUCUAUAAUACUAAUUAUAUUAUAUACUAUGUAAUAUUUACUUGGAUAAAUUAAUAUACAAAACAAACAUACACACAGAUACAUAUACAGAAGAGACCAGUUGGGUAAUUUUUAUAUAUAUAUAUAUAUAUAUAUAUAUAUAUAAGAGGCAAAGCAAACACAUACACGACUUAUUGGAUAAUUUAUACACAAGGGAUGAAACGAACACUCCCUUACAUACACAUACACAGAAAGAAAACUUGCAAUAGUUUUAUCCAAAUAUCUUUAUCGAUACAAAUUGUGCAAAGCCAAACAUAUUUUUGACAGAAAAAAUGAAGAUGAAGUAUAAUCUUGAAUAGCUGAUUUAAAAAAAAAAGGAAAAACACCUUGGUAUAUUUAUUGUCUAUCUAAUAUAUUAGACAGUAUUUAUGUAUGUAAUACUGACGAUAUGUUGCGAUCAUCGUUAGUCAAAUAUUUGAAGUUAAUGAACGUGUGAUUCAAUGAUCACUUAUUGUCGAUAUAUAAUAAUAAUUAUAAUAAUAAUAAUAAAUAUAAUAAUAAUAAUAAUAAUAACAAUAACAAUAAUAAUAAUAAAUUAAUUAAUAUUAUUAAUAAUCAGAGGAAACGUGAAAAGAGAGUAGUUCCAAUCUGUACAGUUACAUAUACAUAGUUGUAUUCACGUAUAAAUGCAUAAACAACACACAUCCUUAUAUGUAGUUAUAUUGUCAAUAAUUAGCAGAAUUAAAUUAAAAUAGAAACUUUUGAAGAUUUAUUAAAAAAAAAAAAAAAAAAAAAGAACAAAUAAACAAAUACAAGGAACAAACAAGAAAAUAAAGAAAGAGGAAGGAGAAGAUUGUUAAUUCUUGCUAUAAUGCAUUUUAAAAAACGGAGAGAGUGAGAGAGAGAGAGAGAGAGAGAGAGAGAAAAUAAAAAAGAAAAAAACAAAAAAACAAUGAUGAAACGAUUCAAUUGUUUUCUGUACAGUUAUGAAAUUUAAUUAGAACUAAGGUAAUAAUUAAUCGUGAUGUAAAUUAACAGAACAAUUAUUUCAUAGUACGUGUUUUUUAUAUUCUUCGAUUUAUUCUCCACAUUUACGUGUAUUACACACAUCCGCGAAUAUUACUUCCUUCCAGUCUGGCUUAAUAUAUAGACAGAGAGUGAGAGAGAGAAUGAAAGAGAAAGAGUGUGUGUGCGCGUGAGAGGGAGAGAGAGAGAAAAAGAGAGAGAGAGAGAUCAAAU